GCCGGGCCGUACCGUACCCCUGUAACCUCCCCCUUGUCCCGCAGCGCUGCUCGUGCGGCCCGUGGAGAAGGAGCCCGUGGUGGCCCAGAUGCUGCGCAUAAUGCAACUCCUGUCGCAGGUUGAGGAAGGCGAGAACCUCGAUUGCACCUUCGAUAAGGACUCAGAGCUCACCCCUCUGGAAUCAGCAAUUGGUGUCCUGGAGCUCAUUCAGAAAGAAUUCUCUGUGGCUGAGAAGACAAUGGAAACUGUUCAGAAAAUGGUGAAGGAAGCGGCUGUUAUUGUCUGCAUCAAAAACAGAGAGUUUGACAAAGCUUCAAAAAUCGUCAAGAGGCAUAUGGGGAAGGAGCCCAAAAGCCAGAAAAAGAGGAGCGAGUUGCUGACCAUCAUCCGGGAGAAGAAUUUCGCUCAUCCAAUGGUCAAAAACUUCUCUUACAAGGACUUUCAGCAGAGCGUGUUUCAGUUCAUUAAGACCUAUGUGGACGAUUCAGAGCCGCUGCUGCUAACGAUAAUGAAAAAGACUUUGAACUCAGAAUGUGCCAAAGAACCAAAAUACCCAUCGGUGACUCCAGAGUCUGCAAAUGGGCCAAAGGACCAGGCAGUGGCUCCAGAGCACCCGGGGAGGGCCCAGGGCCCAGCAGGAGCUCCAGAGCCUGCGGAAAUGACGCAAGACCUGGAGGGAGCUCCCAACCCUGCAGAAAGGGCAGGGGACCCCGCAGCAGCUCCCGAGCCUGUGGAAGGAGCUACCGACCCAGCAGCAACUCCUGAGCAUCUAACAGCAGCGGUUAAUACCUUGGAAGAUGCUUCAGAGUCUAUGGAAGUAUCUAAAGAACCAGCAGCAGCAGCUCCAGAACACCCAGGAGUGUCCUUCAGGGACUCGGAAAGGCAGCCCUCUGGAACUGUAACUGCGUAUGGGAUUUCUGUUCUGAGAGAAGCUUUCAAGAUCCUGUCGGACUCCCAGGAUUCUGACGCGCUCUUCAACAAACUGGACGAAACAGACUUUUCUUUCCCCAAGCAACUGUCUCCUUCUGUAUCCCACAGAACCAAGAGACGGAAAGAAGAGGAGAAUCAAGAUUCUGAGAUCUCAGGCCCUCCUAAAAUACCCCAUAAGGGCAAACGCUUGUUGACCAUAAGCAAACUGGUCAUGGAGCAAGACAGCCAGUACAGCGAGUCGAGUGAGAGCCCCGACUCUUCCCAGGAGCCAGUUGUAUCUUCUGCUUCCAGACCUGUUCAGAAAUUGCAUGACCAGCCUGUAUCUACUAAGAGCACCAAGUCCUUCCAAGGAAGGUGGAACAGCUCGUAUGGCGACGAAGAAAAAGACAGUUGGAGUGAGGAGGAUGAGCUCUUCUCGGACGCGGCGUCACUUGGGACAAACAGCCACAACACGACAGUCUUCGGUUCCAAGAAACAGAAAUGGACAAUCCAGGAGAGCGAGUGGAUCAAAGAGGGUGUCAAGAAGUUUGGAGAAGGGAGAUGGAAGGCCAUUUGCCAGAAAUACCCCUUCCAGAACCGCACGGCAGUGAUGAUCAAGGAUCGCUGGCGGACCAUGAAAAAGCUGGGAAUCCUCUAAAGUUGGGAGCCAUGGGACUUUCAGUCCAAAAAAAUUGUUAUUUUUCUUUGGAAAGAUGGACCAGAGCAAUAGUAGCGGGGAGGCUGCUGUGCUUGUCCCUGAUGUGUGCUGGGGCCGGCGCGGUGAGCCCCCCUGGUUCCUGGUCCCUGAGACUGCUGCGGCAAACGGAAACCACGUCUGACAAGAACCAAGGAGCCUUGCGUCUCGAGUUGUAGCUGCAAAGUUUAGGUCUUCUGCAGUUGGCAGAAGCUGUGCAGGCUGGUGGCACAGCCUUGGAAACAGCCGGGAUUGGGACUCCCUUUUCCAUGAGACAGCUGCAGCCUUUGUAGAGCGAACUGCAACCUGGUGGGCUGCUGAAAAGAAUUUUCCUCUGCUCAGAUGCUGUCAAAUGGUGGCAGGAUGAUCCCUUCAGGGGCUAUUUUUAUGUGUUUUAAUUGUCUAAACUGUGAAUUGCUUGUUUCAUCUGUUUGCACUCAGUCUCUUGUGGGAGAGAGAGACAGCACGUGGUCCCAGAGCUUCUGGGGAGAAGAGACGACUUAGGCAAGGUGAUCUGCUUUGAUUUUUUUUUUUUUUCCUCCCCUACACUUCUUUUCUGCUUUGUACAUGGCUAGUCUGUGAGUGGGAAUUUCUCCUUCCCAGCUCUGAGGCUUUAAAAACAUUGUUUUUCUUUGUUUCAGUACUUACGU